GAGGUUAGUACCGAAAUUACUGCAAUUUGAAUGAUUUUUCUGAAAUUAGGGCUGGAUAUAGUAUUCCUGAAAUUUGAAAUUUCUUUAGAACUGGAUUAAACGUUUUUAUACCCAAUUUCUAGAUCCAAUUUAAGGUAAAUUAAUUCCUCUGCUUCCUCUGUAUCUUUGAUACAUACACAGCUGCACACAACAAUAGGCGGGUUAAAAAACUUGAGAGAGAGAGAAAAAAAUCAAAGAUGAUAAUAACGAUAAAGUAGAUUCUAGAGAACAAAUUUGAAAUUUAAAUAAACAAUAACAAUAGAAAUAAUCGUGCAGGUGAAAUGCAUAACGAUUCAUUUGAAAAUUCUCCCUUUCCCAUGUUUCACAGAGUUCUUGGCACUAUCAUCUACAUAAGGUGUCUAUAAUUUUGGAAAGAGAAAAAAAAAACACAAUAACCAAUUUCGAAAUCUAACCGAACCGAUGCGGUUCGGUUCGAGCCGCACAAUCGUUGUGGUUUGGUUUUGUAUACAAUUCGUAAAAAAAUUUCAGCCUGACCGAACCAAACCGUAUCUACCCCUACCUCUCAUGUCCGAGUAUUAAUUUUGUUCAGUAAUACUCUUCUUUCUUUUAAAUUGUUUUGUAAUUGAAGUGCAUUAUUGUAGGUAUAAUUCUAUAUUUAUUUUCAUGAAACCUAAGAAUGAAGAUGGAAAUAUUUACAAUUUUACAAAUUUUUUUUUGUAAAUAUAUAUUUUGGGAGCAAAUCUCUCCUCCCCAAUUGAAGUCACCACCAACGAGAGAAUGGCCACCGACUAAUUCAAGGAAAAUCAAGAUCACUCGGCUGAAAAGGAUCAGUUUUUUUUCCUUCUUCUUUUAUCUUAUAUAAGCUUUUAUCCGAACAAUUCUCAAAUUAAAGGUGGAUAGGGAUUAGUCUUGGAUAAUUAUAUAUAUAUAAAAUAUCUUCAUUAUUCAUGAAACUUUUUGCUAACGAAUUGGAGCCAUUGGAUCUUCACAUUUCUCUUUGGACAAAUUGAAACCUCUGUGAUAUAAAUGAGACCCAUAAUUGAAGUUGGAUGAGUUAUAAAAUAGAGCUUUUUCUCACGAGAGACCUCUAUAUUUUUCAAUAAAAAAUAAAGUUUGUCACUUAUAUUAAAAUGUUGGAAAUUAUUAUUUAUGGGUCUGAAAAUGGUAAAAAUUGAAGAGAGGUUUCAAAUAAGGUCAAUAACUGCAAACACAAAUGCUAAUACCUCCAACAUUUGCCAUUCCACUUGCUUUCCUUAUAUUUAAUUUUCUCCAUACAAACAAUACAAAUAUAUAAUUAUUAGAAGGUAUAGUCAAAUUAAUUUAUGUUUAUCAAUAACCUUACGUUUUUUAGUCAUAUAGGUUAGUUCAUUAGAGAUCUUGUAUAGUGAAUUCUUCUAUCUUUGUUUGUUAUUUAUUACUUUUUUUUUUGUAAUGAACAACAUAAUUAGUGCUAUAUUGUUGGUUUUAAACUUGUACAUUGUUUUAUGGAGAAAAAGAGUGAGUUUCCAUAGUACAAGUAAUUUUGUUUAGGACCAUGUAAUUGUUAUAUUCUCAUUGAGUUGUACUUGAAUUGGCUACUCCUGCAAAGAGAUUAUUCAAUUGUGUUUUUUCUUCAUCAAAAGGUUCUAUAAUUUGUUUGUUAGUGAAAGUUUUAUCCAACUUGUUUAACAAGUAAUGUAGAUGUUCGAGUUAAGCAAAUAAGUAAAUACAAUUAUACUUGCAAUUAAAUUAGGAAACAUUUAUUAGAAUAAUGUUUAUGCAACGGAAAAAAAAGGUAUUUUCAUCCACUCACCAACUCAUAUGUCCUUAAAUAAACCCUUUUUAUUUUUUGAGUAGCAUAUUUCAUAACUUAACUGUUUUCUAAGAUAUCAAUGAAUCAUAGGCCGCCUCGGUCCCUCCUCUUACCAUUUAUUUUAAUUAAUUCAUUUUUACUCUCUCUCUCUCUCUCUCUCUCUCUCUCUCUCUAUAAAUAACGCUUCACGCCCCCUCUCCAUCUUCAACCAUCUUUCUCUACGAUUUCAAUACACACACACACACACACACACACACACACAUACAAUUCAGCCCCUUUCUAACAAUGGCGGCUACCCGAGAGCCCUUCAACCUUUUAACGCACUCCGCCGCUCCGGCGGCCCUUCAUCAACAAUUACAACAUGAGCAGCUCUCCCCAAGGCAUUUCCCUGUUCCUUACUUAUUCGGUGGCUUGGCCGCUAUGUUAGGACUCAUCGCUUUUGCCCUUCUACUCCUCGCUUGCUCUUACUGGAAACUCUGCGGUUACCUAGAUGGCGGCGAUGCUACCAACCGUGAACCCGACUUGGAUGCCGGCGGCGACGACACCCAGAAACAAGCUUCCCCUGUUUUUGAAGAGAAAAUCUUGGUUAUUAUGGCCGGGGAAAUGAAGCCCACGUAUUUGGCUACACCCAUGUCUAGUAGAUCAUCUUCUUUUGUUUGUUCGUAGAAGCUUCAUCCAACUCUUUUUAACAUUUUAUGUAAUGUAGAAGUUAAAGUUAAUUUUAAUCGAUUUGUGUUUAAAUGGUGGUUUAA